AUGGCACCCACACACCCCGAACUCCUUUGGGCGCAGCGCUCCUCAGAGACUGACCCUGAGCGCAACAUCAUCUACCUGACCAUCAACGCGCCCGAACUCGACCCGAGCUACACCCUCUCGGUCGACGGCAACAAGCUCAAGUUCGAGGGCAAGUCCCGCGAGGUUGCGUCAAAGGGUACCGCCACGACGCUCGAUGCGAAGGACUACGCUCUCGACCUCGAGCUGUUCGAUGAGGUUGAGGAGGCGAGGCGCGGCUUGACGGGCAAGGGUGUCCAGGUCGUCCUCAAGAAGAAGAAGGCGCAGGAGGAGUAUUGGCCUCGUCUCCUCAAGGAGAAGGGCAAGAACUCGCGCAUCCAGACCGACUGGUCCAAGUGGGUUGACGAGGACGAGCAGGACGAGGCCGCGGCUGCCGACGACGACUUUGGCAUGGGCGGUGGCGGCAUGCCCGACAUGGGCGCCAUGGGCGGUAUGGGCGGCAUGCCUGGAAUGGGCGGAAUGGGCGGCAUGCCCGGAAUGGGUGGAAUGGGCGGCGGAGCAGGCGGCAUGGACUUUGCAAGCAUGAUGGGCGGUGGCGCUGGAGGCGCUGGCGGUAUGGACUUUGCGAAGAUGCUGGAGCAGAUGCAGGCGGCCGGCAUCGGCGGCGGCGAGGCGGGACUUGGCGGCGCAGAGGGUGGCGAGGACUCGUCCGACGACGAGGGACCCCCUCCUCUCGAGGAGGCAUAA